AUUGACAAUGGGGUCCCACUCCGACGAGGAAAAGAAGAGAGAGAAAUAGGAGGAGAGAGAAGGAGGUGUGGAUUUUCCCGGCUCCACCACCGCAUUAUUGAUGAACCAUCGAUUUUGUUUUCCCAAACGCCAUCCUCCAUUGCAGCGCACCUCUUCCACGUGCCAUCUCACACGCUCUGAGCUCUGAAUUCCCUCACCCCCUCCUUCUUCACCCUUUUAACUCAAUUGCUUAAUUCAAUUUUGCUUGAUCUCCGCCGCGAUGUUGGGUGGGGGUGUUGGCGGUGGAAGUGUUUACUGGGGGACGAGAAAUCAGCCCCGGAAUAGUAGAGGUCUUGUUGUUAUAUUCGCUUGGGUUUCGAUUCAGCAUCGCCACUUGGAUAAAUUUGUAAACCUUUAUGCCUCGCUUGGAUGGAAUUCCCUUCUUUGUUAUGCCGAUUUUCUCAACAUAUUUGAUCCUGAAAGGGCUACAUCACUGGCAUUUCUUGUUAUUAAUGAGCUUGUUGAGGAGCUAAGGCUGAAGCUGCGUCCUAUAGUUUUUGUAGCUCUAAGUGGUGCAUCAAAGGCUUGUAUGUGCAGGGUUUUGCAGAUUAUCGAGGGAAGAUGUGGCAGCCCACUUUACAUGACUGAAUGUCAAAUGAUCCGAACUUGUGUUUCCGGGCACAUCUACGAUUCCAGUCCUGUCGAGCUUAUAAACGACUUGGGUGCUCGAUUCGCCAUACAUCCAGCUAUUUUGAAAAUGCCUGGAUCAUCUCAACUUAUCUCCUGGCUUGCAAAAGGCGUAUCUUCUGGUCUCGAUGCUCUAUAUCUUACUAGGUUUGAUUCACAGCGUGAUGAGUAUUGGCGGACGCUGUGCUCUUCUGUUAACAUUGGUGCUCCGUUUCUCAUUAUGUGCUCCGAAAAGGAUGAUCGUGCUCCAUAUGAAGUUAUCUGUAAUUUCACCAAGAGUAUUCAAGAACUGGGGGCUGAUGUUCAGCUGAUAAAAUUCAAUGGCUCCCCACAUUUGGGUCACUACAAGAACUACCCAGCUCAGUACAGAGCUGCUGUGACUAUAUUUCUCGAGAAGGCGUCAUCUGUUUAUUCCCAAAAAAUCCAGCAAUUCAAAGGAGAAAGAAGAGGCGUGGAAGAUGAUGAAAUGCCUGAAUUGAUAUGUGAUCUUCAGAAUGCAGCUGUUAAUUCAAAUCAGAGUUUUAGAAGAGUAGCAGUUGGACCGAGCGACCACUUCUUCUUGCCAAGCUCAGCUGAUUCCCACGCCUCACCCGAUCCGAAAGAAAGAACGUCUCCACUUUCAAGCCCUACAGGCAUCAGUGCACAUAGCGUCCUCGGCCAAUUCCUCUUUGAUGUUUGUGUGCCCAAAAACGUUGAAGGUUGGGAUAUAAAGUUCCAUGGCUCUCUAAACGGGCAACCACUCGCUUCAGCUCGCAGACACUCAUCUUUUCCCGGUACGAAGUUUAUCCGUCGCUCUAGACUAUGACAUAGAUUAGGCUGCUAGCUGUGAAUUCAUCUAACCUCUAGCGUUCGAGGCAUUAGUAGCACAUCUAAUUUAAACGCCAGACAGAGAAUCCCUCCCUCCCUUAUGAGGAUGAAAGGAUGAGUCUGGAUCAUCGUCAUGGGCUCGAAUACUAGAAAAAUAGCUCUAUCGUGCGAUAGGGUACGUCGUGGCCUCUAGUUCGUUGAUGGGUUAGAGAUGUGUUAUAGUGUAUUAACAGAGUGUUGAUGGUAUUGAGGAAGGGAUUUUUGUUGAUAGGGUUUUAGUGUACAGAAGGUUAAGUGUAAAAAGGGAACCUCCUCUAUGUUCACAGACUCUCUCCUCACUUGGAUGUUUGAAUAAUGUAUAUACUUAAACUGAACAAACAACAUAUAUUUGAUUUUGAACACACAUAUUUCUGAAA